GUUAUUUUUGCAUUCGUUCACAGUUCGUGCUUUCUCGAGUCGUAAAAUUCCCUUGUUUCACAGUGCAUUAUGGGUGCACAUGUGUCACGAACCGAUUUUGAAUGGGUGUAUUCCGCUGAACCUCACGCCACCCGCCGCAAGGAAAUUUUGGCGAAACAUCCUGAAAUUAAACAGCUGAUGGGUCAUGAUCCAAAUUUCAAAUGGAUCGUCAUCGGUUUAGUUGUUAUUCAAUUUUUAUCUUAUGUCAUUGUGAAAGACUUAUCUUGGCCGAUGCUUGUAUUGGCCGCCUAUUGUUUCGGAGGCGUCAUCAAUCACUCGCUAAUGCUUGCAGUCCACGAGAUUGCGCACAAUUUGGCCUUCGGACACUCAAGACCACUGGCAAAUAGAAUGCUCGGAUUCAUUGCAAAUUUACCCAUUGGUCUUCCAUUCUCGGUAUCAUUCAAGAAGUACCACUUAGAGCACCACAAAUAUCAGGGUGACGAGAAGAAAGAUACUGAUAUACCGACUUCUUUGGAAGCAAAGUUGUUUUCGACGGCGGGUACAAAGUUCCUGUGGGUCUGCUUACAGCCAUUGUUCUACGCUUUUCGUCCACUCGUUACUUAUCCAAAACCAGUUACACCUCUUGAAGUAUUGAACUCCAUUGCUCAGCUGUCUUUCAACGCAUUGGUGUGGUACCUCUUCGGUGGGAAAUGCGUUGCUUAUAUGUUCAUUGGAACGCUUCUCGCCAUGGGAUUGCAUCCCGUCGCCGGGCAUUUUAUAUCUGAACACUACAUGUUCAAGAAAGGCUUCGAAACCUAUUCAUAUUAUGGCCCCUUGAACUGGGUCACUUUCAACGUAGGCUACCAUAACGAACAUCAUGAUUUCCCGAAUAUACCGGGUUCAAGAUUGCCCUUGGUGAAGAAAAUGGCCCCCGAAUUCUACGAAGACCUGCCUCAGCAUAAUUCUUGGAUCAAAGUCCUUUAUGAUUUCGUGACCGACCCGGAGAUUGGACCUUAUGCCCGGAUAAAGCGAAAGGCGAAAGGAUUCGAUGAUUGA